CAAUACAGUAUUUCGGUCGUAUUGUUCGUUGUUAUCAGACGUGUGCCAGGUUUAGUAGAGUUCACUUCAUACUCGUGCAGCGACGCAAGUGUUUUUAUCCUGUGUGUUUCGACUAGUGGUUAUUUCCCUUUUUCAACUUCCCAGUUCAGUAAUAGUCUGCAAUGGAGUCAACACGACUCCUCGAUCUUAACGAGCACUGUUUGGAGCAUAUUUUCUGUCUCCUGGAUACGGUGGAUCAACUUAAUAUAGGACUACUAUCUCCUCGUUUUAAAUUCAUAAUCGAUAGAUUAAUUGCAAAGAAAAUUUUCAAUUUUAACUACAUCUACUCCCGCCUACCCCCGACGAAGGCAGCCGAAAUUUUCACUGAAUAUGGUCCUGCGAUAAAGAAAAUAUACAUGCCAUUCCCGAUUUUCGAUGAAGUAUCAGGACUUUCGUACCUGGUUCCACAGAAUUGCUACAAUAUUACAGAAGUGCACUUCAACUUCCCGUUCUACGUCAACUAUAAAAUAAUGAAGUUAGUUUUCAUGGCUGCAAGAGGAAUUAAAAUCGUCCAUUGUCACGGCCGUGAACUAUUCGAUCAUCACUGUCAUCUCAUUAGCACCCUCCCUGAAAUUGAAGUCCUCAACAUAGAGCAGAAUGGAGACAUUACUGGACUUCACCUGGAUAAGUUGAAGAAACUUAAGGUCCUAAAUAUUCGGGGGUGCGACAAUUUCGAACCGCGAAAUCUUAUGCACAUUUGCCGCGCAACUAAGUUAAGGAGUUUGAAUAUCGCUGAAUGCAAUCAAUUUGAUGAACGCGUGUUUCAAGUCAUAAUCGAAACUCAAAAUGAGAUGGAGGAUCUAAUAAUAAGCCAUUGCUACGAAAAUGGGGAUAUUGACACUCUAGCUUGUCUACCCAAACUUCGAUCGGUCUGCAUCAUCUGGCACUGUCAAAAGCCUCACAAAUCCACGAAUUUCCUUGGUGUUCUCGCAACGCAACAUGCAGAAUCUAUUCGGAAACUGGACAUUUACCGUUCUAAGUUCGGCAAGAAAUACGAACAUGAUGGGAUUUUGGACUUGAAGCAAUUGCACCAAGUAUCUAUCAUUUCGGAUGCGGAUCUAUCCGAUCGGGUCUUGCUGGACAUUUGCAGGAAUUGUUCUAAGUUGCAAGAAGUUAACAUUUCAGGAUGUAGAAAUGUUACGGAAGAAGCAAUUGGUCAACUUGUGAAAACGGUCCAGGAUCUUCGCGUUUUGGAUUUAAGACAUUGCAGGCAGUUCAGUAACUCGUUGUAUGAGCACCUGGUUAAAGCUAAGAAAACGAGUGUGAAUUCCAGUCGGCUGAAGGUGUAUGUAUGGGAUUCUAAAAUGGAGGAGACGAUCACCAGUUCGGACAACUAUUUGAAACACAAGAAAUUCUUGGAAUUAUCAUUUGAAGUUAAAUGUUGGUUUUCUUAUAAGAGCGAAUAAAUACCCAUUCAUUAACAUUU